AUGAGCACAAAAGCGGAAAAGCUGAAGCUCAAAGAAGAAGAGAAAAAGAAGAAGGAGGAGGAGAAACGGAAGAAAGAGGAAGCAAAGAAAAAAGCAGAGGAAGAAAAGAAACACAAAAAAGAAGAGGAGAAACGGAAGAAAGAGGAGGAAAAGGAAAAAAAGAAACUCGAGAAAGAGAAAAAGGAACAAGAAAAGCACCACAAAGGAGGACACGAAACUGAAAAGCAAAAGGUUGAAAAGGAGAAACCAAAGGACGAAAUUAAAGAGAAAGAAAAGACUGAAAAAGAUGAAAAGGCAAAAAAAGAGGAAGAAGAGAAAAAACAAAAGGAAGCCGCUGAGGCCAAAGCCAAAAAAGAAGAAGAGGAAAAAGUAGCCAAAGAAAAAGAAGCUGCUGAACAAAAAGCUAAAGAGGAAGCUGCUGAAAAGGAGAAAUUGGAGAAAGAAAAAGCAGAGAAAGAUGCCGAAGAAGCCAAAAAGAAAGAGGAAGAAGCUGCCAAAGAGAAAGAAGCGAAAGAAAAGGCUGAGAAAGAGGAACAAGAAAAAGCAAAGGAAGCUGCUGAACAAAAGGCAAAAACGGAAGUUGUUGAAAAUGAUAAAUUAAACAAAGAAAUAAUAGAGAAAGCAAACGAAGAUGUUGAAGCUGCCAAAAAGAAAGAAGAACAAGAGAAACAAGAAGCCGACAAAAAGAAAGCUGAAGAAGAAGCCGCUAAGAAAAAGGAAGAGGAAGAAGCAGCUGCUAAAAAGGCUGAAGAAGAACGCGUUGAAAAAGAAAAGGCCGAAAUUGAAAAAGCAAACAAGGAAGCCGCUGAAAAAGAGAAGAAAGAGGCCGAGGAAGCUAAAGCAAACGAAGAGAGAAUUGCCAAAGAGAAAGCUGAACAAGAAGCAAAGCUUGAAGCUGAAAGAGUUGAGAAAGAGCGUCUUGAAAAGGAAAAGCUCGAGCAAGAUCGACUUGCUAAGGAAAAAGAAGAGGCUGAGAAAUUGGAGAAAGAAAGGCUUGAGAAGGAAGCAGCUCAAAAAGCCGAGGAAGAACGCAUUUUAAAGGAAAGGGCUGAAGCCGAAAGAAUUGAGAAGGAGCGUCUUGAACGUGAAGCAGCAGAAAAAUUGGAAAAAGAAAGACUCGAACAAGAGAGAGUAGCAAAAGAAAAGGAGGAAGAGGAGAGAAAAGCAAAAGAGCUUGCGGAAAAAUUGGCACGUGAAGAAGCUGAGAAAUUAGAAAAGGAGAGAAUUGAAAAGGAGGUUGCCGCGAAAUUGGAACAAGAACGCGUAGCCAAAGAAAAAGCUGAGGCUGAAAGAAUUCUAAAAGAAAAGGAAGAGAGUGAACGUCUUGAAAAAGAAAGACUCGAGCAAGAGAAGAUCGCGAAAGAAAAGGCUGAGAAAGAGGAACAAGAGAAAGCUGUUGCUGAACAAAAGAAAAAGGAGGAAGAAGAAAAAGCAAAAAAAGCUGCCGAAGAAGCUCAAAAGAAAAGCCAACCAAUUCCCACACUUGGAAACCAACCAGGUCUUGGUAUGGGAAUGGGUUUAGGAGCAUCUCAACCUGGCUUGGGUGCUAAACCACCAGGACUUGGGCAGCCUGGAUUGGGGGGAAUGGGUCUCGGAGCGCAACCAACACCGCAACCAAGCCUUGGAAUGGGAAUGGGCGCGCCUGGACUGGGACAGCCAGGAUUAGGAAUGGGGGCACCUCAACCCGGUUUAGGUGCUAAACCUCCAGUACUGGGGCAGCCUGGUUUAGGAGGAAUGGGACAACCAGGUCUCGGAAUGGGAGCACCCCAAGGGGGUUUAGGUGGCAUGGGACAACCUGGACUUGGCGCGAAGCCACCUGGGUUGGGUUUAGGGGCUCAACCUGCUGGACUUGGUUCACAAUCAACACAACAACCGGGGCUUGGAAUGGGAAUGGGUGCACCUCAACCGGGAUUAGGAGGAAUAGGAGCAGCACAACCUGGCUUGGGUGUUAAACCACCAGGACUUGGGCAGCCCGGAUUGGGAGGAAUGGGUCUCGGAGCGCAACCAACACCGCAACCAAGCCUUGGAAUGGGAAUGGGCGCGCCUGGACUGGGACAACCAGGAUUAGGAAUGGGAGCAGCACAGCCAGGCUUGGGUGGCAUGGGACAACCUGGACUUGGUGCAAAGCCACCUGGAUUGGGACUUGGUGCUCAACCUGCUGGACUUGGAUUGGGAGCACAACCAUCGGGGUUGGGGCUCGGUGCACCUUCUGGAGGACUUGGAUUGGGAGGCGCUCCAACUGGUUUGGGAUUGGGUGGUGGACAGCCCACAGGUCUCGGGCUAGGCGGAGGGCAACCAGCAGGACUUGGACUUGGUGGAGGACUUGGGAUGCCAGGACUCGGAAUGGGCGGUGGAUUAGGUAUAGGUGGAAUGCCAGCGAUGGGCGGUAUGCCAGGGCUUGGUGGUAUGGGUGGAUUACCCGGUAUGGGUAUGCCAGCUAUGGGAGGAAUGCCAGACAUGGGAGAGAUUGAAAAGCCCGAGGAAACUGCUGGUGGAGAGCAACCAAAAAAGAGAAAGAGACAAAAGAAGAAAAUUAUGAUUUCACAGUCAGCCUUUUUCACACACGAAAACGAAGAAAAAGCAAACGAGACACUUUCAAGAAUCCCCGAUGACGCAGUCAUUGUGUUUGAUUGUGGCAGUUCGUUUAUUAAAGUUGGAACAGGGGGAGGAGAACAACCAAAGAAAGUCAUUCCCAACUGUUACUGCAAGAUUGAUGAUGAAGAAGCAGAAAAUGGUGUGAGGUAUGAGUUUGGAUACAAAGCAAUUGAUGAGGAUGAAGGGCUUGUGUGGCCACUUGACCCACGAAAGGAAACUGAUUGGGACGGGUUCUUUUCGGUUAUUCAAAACAUAUAUCAGAAUGAGUUAAACGGAUGUGAUCCAGCCGCCCAUCCAGUAGUCAUGACUGAACUUCCAAGUAUGAAUGAAGCUGCGACAGAGCGUUUGAAAGUUAUGAUGUUCAAUGAUUUGAAUGUUCCAUUCUUAAAGAUCGUCAACCCAGCUUUGAUGGCGUUGUACGCAGAAGGCAAAGAGACUGGUAUUGUUGUUGAAAUUGGGAACAGAAUGCAAAUAGUUCCAGCAGUUGAUGGGUAUGUCAUUGACAGUGCUAUUGAAAAGAUCAAAGGAAACGUCUCAGGUCUUACUGAGUACAUGUCCAGACUCUUGAGAGCAUGUGGAUACAUUUACACAACUUCUGCUCAAAUGGAAUUGGUGAGAGCAAUCAAGGAAAGUGUGUGUUACGUUGCUUUGGAUUAUGAUUCUGAAAUGAAGAGAAAAGCAAAAGAAGUGAUGAAGGAGUUUGUAGUGCCAGGUAACGAGCAGGCAAGCAAAUUUUUCCAAGAAAGAUUCCAAUGCCCUGAAGCACUUUUCCAACCCGAAAAGGUCGGCUUGGAUACACUCGGUGUUCCGGAGAUGGUCUUUAAUACAAUCAAAAAAUGCCCAUUGACAUCGAGAAGACCAUUGCUCCAACACAUCGUAUUGGCUGGUGGAUCAACUUUAUUUGAAGGUUUACCAGAAAGACUCGAAAAGGAGCUCAAGAGACUCUGUACCGAAAAUAAGAUGAAUCCAAGAGACGUCAAAAUUAUAUCGUUACAAAACAGAAAGUACUUGGCGUGGGUAGGUGCAUCUUUGUUGGCCGGAAUGAGCACUUUGCAAGAUGACGAAACGUGCACAAAGGAUCAUUAUAGCAAUCAGUAA